CGGAAAGGCGGAGGGGAAGAAGGAGGGGCGAGCUCAGGGCACAGAAGGGCGAGUAGGCGCGCGGCGGGCCGGGAAUGCCCGAGGCACCCGGCCCCGGAGCCGCCCGGUGACCGGCGCCCGGGACAUGGCUCUGCGUUUCACAACCGACUUCGACCUCCAGAAGGACGUGCUCCCGUGGCUGAGGACGCAGAGGGCGGCGCCCGCGGCCACGGGGACCGGAGGCGGCGGCGCAGAUGUUUUGGAAAAUAAUUACGAGAGUUUACGUGUAUUAAAUGUUGAAAGGAAUGGAAAUAUAAUUUAUACCUGUAAGGAUGUUAGGGGAAAUGUCUUCUUUGGAUUAUAUGAUUGCCAAACCAGACAAAAUCAGCAUAUUUAUACCUUUGAGAAAGACUUGCAAGUUAUCAGUUGCUCUGUCAACAGUGAGAGAACUUUGCUAGCUGCAAGUUUAGUUCAAUCUACUGAAGAAGGAAGAAGGAAUGAGCUUCAACCAGGAUCAAAGUGCUUAACUUUGUUAGUGGAAAUACACCCUGUUGACAAUGUAAAGGUUUUAAAAGCUGUGGAUAGCCAUAUUUGGGUACAGUUCCUCUACCCACAUGUUGAAAGUCAUCCUCUUCCAGAGAGCCAUCUCUUACUGAUUUCAGAAGAGAAAUAUAUUGAACAGUUUCAUAUCCAAGUCAUCCAUGAAGAUGGAAAUAAAGUGAUGAUUAAAAAUAAUGGCCAUCUCCCAAGAGACAGAGUAGCCGAGGAUUUUGUUUGGGCUCAGUGGGAUAUGUCAGAGCAGAGACUAUACUACAUUGACCUGAAGAAAUCAAGGAGUCUCUUAAAAUGCAUCCAGUUUUAUGCUGAUGAGAACUUUGAAUUAAUGUUUGAAGCACCCUUGGACAUAUCAUUAAGUGACUCAGGAUUUAAGCUUGUCAACUUUGGAUGUGAUAAUCUUCAAGACCAAGAGAAAUUAUCCACACACUUGACUCUGUGUGUUUUUACCAACCAUACAGGAAGUUUGUGUGUAUGUUACAGCCCGAAGAUUGACUCGUGGGAACAAAUCACGUAUUCAGUGUUUUAUUUUCAUAAAGGCCACAGAAGGACCUUCACUGCUGCUCUGGGGACUGCUGACUCACAUGUGGCAGAGAGUGUUACUUUUCUCAACCUGGACUAUUAUGUGGCUGUUUACUUACCUGGCCAUUUCUUUCAUCUACUAAACAUUCAGCAUCCAGACUUGAUCUGCCACAGUCUGUUUCUGACAGGAAAAAAUGAAAUGAUUGAUAUGCUACCUCCUACUCCUUUACAGUCACUGUCAGGCACCCUGAUACUGGAAUGGUGUUCUGGAAAGCUCUAUAGAGCUCUCCUCAGCCAGUUGUAUCUAUUAGAGUUCCUGUGGAGCUCCCAUGCGGACUGUGAGAGGAUGGCCGUGUUGCACUGUCUGCUCUCGUGCGGCCGAGACCGACGGUCCCUGGAAGCCCAGAUUAUUCAAUGGAUUUCUGAGAAUAUUUCUGCCUGCCAUUCAUUUGACCUCAUUCAAGAAUUUCUUAUUGCUUCUUCAUAUUGGAGCAUAUAUCCAGAAGCAAGUAACGUGGAUAAGCUUUUGCCAUAUUCCUCAGUGCUCACUUGGAAUACAGAAAUUCCUGGAAUAACCCUUGUGACGGAAGAGAUUGCAUUGCCUCUUAUGAAGGUGCACAGCUUUAAGGGCUACUGGGGAAAACUGAACUCCAACCUAGAAUAUGUUAAGUACACCAAGCCACACUUAAACUACAACAGCAGCAUGGUCAGGAGAGAGUGGCACAACCUCAUCUCGGAAGAGAAAUCAGGAAAACGAAGGUCCGCUGCAUAUGUGAGGAAUAUUUUUGGUAAUGCAAUAAAGGUGAUUUCUAACCUAGAAGCAAGGAAUUUGGAGCCGAGAUUAACGCCCCUCUUCCAGGAGGAAGAUAGCAACCAGAGGCUGCUCAUGGGACUUAUGGUGUCUGAGCUAAAAGAACAUCUUUUGAGACAUCUACAAGGUGUAGAAAAGAAUAAAAUUGAACAGAUGGUUCUGGACUACAUUUCAAAACUGCUGGAUCUCAUUUGCCGCAUACUGGAAACCAGUUGGAGGAAACAUAAUCUUCAUUCCUGGGUUCUCCACUUCCACAGGCCUGGCAGUGCUGCUGAAUUUGCUGUCUUUCACCUCAUGACCAGGAUUUUGGAAGCUACUAACAGUUUGUUUCUACCCUUACCCCCUGGUUUUCACACUCUGCACACGGUCCUUGGUGUCUGCUGUCUGCCUUUGCAUAACCUGCUGCAUUACAUUGAUAAUGGAGUGCUGCUUCUCACAGAAACAGCUGUCACGAGGCUCAUGAAAGAUCUGGACAAUACAGAGAAGAAUGAAAAAUUAAAAUUCAGCAUCAUUGGGCGGCUUCCCCCGCUUAUUGGUCAGAAGAUCUGUCGACUUUGGGAUCAUCCUAUGAGUUCUAACCUUAUUUCACGGAACCAUGUGAAGAAACUGCUUCAGAACUAUAAGAAACAACCUCGGCAUUCUGUGAUUGACAAGUCAUUACUCAGUGUAGAAUUUUUGCCUCUGAACUACUUCGUUGAAAUACUGACUAACAUAGAGUCUUCCAAUCAAGCUCUGUAUGCUUUUGAAGGACAUGACAAUUUGGAUGCAAAAUUUGUAGGGGAGGCAGCUCUGAAACAUACCACAAUGCUUUUAGGCUUAUAAAAGAGCCAUUGCAAUUAAUUUAAUUAAUUAAAUUCCAGUAUUUUAGUCUAGCUCAUUAGCCCACUGGUGUUGAGAAUUCUUUAGCAAUAUUUAAAAUUGGUGACCAAAAUCAGAAUGUAUUCUUGAGCUGUCUGAGUUUCAGCUUGGUACUUGUUCAGGCAGAACUAAACUGCUGUACCUCAUCCCAAUUUUGAAGAGCAGAUGAGCAGUCAAGUGUGGAGAAAUGAUAAACAGUCCACAGAGGCAUAAAAAGAUGGUCUUCUGAGACCUUUUCCAGGGGCUGAAUUGGAAAAAAGCUGGUUUUUAUUGCACUCUGAAAUAAAACAUGCUUAAAAAAAAUGUAGGGAAUAGUCCUUAGAAAAGCAAACACUAGAUGUGUCUUUGUAAAUAAAGAACAUAUUUGCAAACAGAAAAAGUAAAAUGUUACAUAAGAACUCUAUUUGGAUAGAGAACACUUGUUAAAAUAUUGAAUUUGGAGUAAAUCAAAUCUUCUAUUUCCAGUAUAGAAUAAUUUGUAACAUACAGUAAUUUGUAUAUGCAGUAUUUGGAGUAGGAUUUGCCUUUGUCAUGGUUUAGAUAGAACCUGUAUUUAAUUUAUUAGUUUCUAAAGAAUAUUUAUAACAGUUUGAUUUAAUAACAUCUUGUCAUUAAAAAAAAAAAAAGUACUGAAAGUUUUGGCCUGACUCUUCCUGUUCUUUUAUUCCAGCCAGGAAUCAUGAGUCCAUGAACAUGCUCCUCCAAUGGCCCCAUGACACCUAACUAGUUCUCCCAUCUUUCUUUUUUUCUCUCUUCUACAAUGACUUCAUUCUGACCCAUAAACACAGUGACUGCCCAAGAUCAGCUUUUGUUUUUCUCUUUUUCCACUGUUUCCCUUAUUGAACUUGUGAGAUCUUAAUGAUUUUAAAUAACACUGGCUGGAAUCAUAAUCCAAAACAUCUUUUCUAAAAUCAUCAUUGUAUUCUAAAGAUUGUCUUCUAUAGAAUUUCAUUUUUUGGUCAAGCUCAUUAUCUUUCAUUCCCUUCCCUUUUAUUUUCACACCUGGAUUGUUUCAGUUGCUUCCUCAGGUCCAACUCAUCCAUCACAGAUUCUAAAUAAACACCAGUUGGAACCUGUUAUGCCUCAUAAUCCUUCAAUAAUUUCCCAUUUAUCACAGAAUAAAACUCAAACUCCUUGACAUUCAAAGCCUCCCAUCCCAGCCUUAUCUUAUACGAUUCCCCAUGAUGAACAUUCUUUUCGAACCAGGCCGGUUCACUGCUCCUUGAACCCAGCUUUUGU